AUGGCUCUGCACAUCAACAAAGCUCGAGGUUAUGCAAAGAAAUUAUUAUUCUUUUUUUUUUGGUCGAGUGCGAAAGAAAAGGAAAUUUCGCGGUCGAAAGCUCCCGUUAAAAAGCACUUCGUGACUAAGCAUGUGGUCCGAGCUCACCUUUUCGUCGAGAAAAAAAUUCCUCCACUUAUCGCCGACGCAAGUACUAACCUAGGACAAUUCAUCAAUACCGCCAACAUGCAUCUUAUGGUACGUCCCAGUGCGACUGCGAAACGAGAGAUCCUUCAACUCCGCCCGGAGAUCGGUCACUAA